AUGGCCGAGACACACGGAACAUGCGAGGCCAAGUUCCAGGGCGUUCGCGAUAAGUUCAGUGAACUCUUGGGAUCUGGAGUCGAGCUCGGUGCAUGUCUCACUGUCACCAUCGACGGCGAGGACGUUGUCAACUUGUGGGGAGGUUACGCUGACGCCAAUCGCACCCGCCCCUGGAAGGAGGACACCAUCGUCAACGUUUUCUCCACAACAAAAACCAUUUGCGCGCUCGCAGGCCUCAUUCUCAUCAACGAGGGCGAGAUUUCGCCCUAUGACAAAGUCUCAAAAUACUGGCCCGAGUUCGCAGCCAACGGCAAGGAGAAUGUCGAGGUCCGCCAUCUUCUGUCCCACAGCUCGGGUGUGGCGGCGUUCGAAGACCCCAUUACCCUCCAAGAGAUGUCCGACUCAUAUGAGGAGGUCAUUUCCAGGCUCGAAAAGCAGCCGGCCCGCUGGGAGCCCGGAACGAAGUCUGGAUAUCACGCCUGGACCUACGGCUACUUGAUCGGAGAGCUGGUGCGCCGAAAGACGGGACUGACUCUCACGGAGUUCGUCUCUCAAAGGAUCGCAGGGCCCCUUGGUGCCGAUAUGCAAAUCGGAGCAAAGGAGAAAGAUUGGCCUCGCGUCGCAGAGCUGAUUCCCCCGCCGGCCCCUCCAGCCCACAUUAUGCCUGAACAAGACGAGGACCCCGACUCUCUGAAGCACAAGAUGCUCCAUCCGUUCCCGGAUCCUAGCUUCGCAAACACUGAGCCGUGGAAGAAGGCUGAGAUUGCCGCAGCAAACGGCCACGGCAACAGCAAGGCUUUGGCGAUGAUUUGGUCCAAGUACCUUACGAUUGGUGAUGAGAGCAAGAGACUCUUGUCUCAGAAGACGAUCGACCUUAUCUACAACGAGCAGACGUACGGUCCCGAUCUGUGCAUGGGAUUCCCCGUUCGCUACGGAAUCGGCAUGGGUCUCAGAGGCAAUGGCAACACGCCGGUGGACUCCUGGUUCCCGGAAGGGAAGAUCUGCUUCUGGGGUGGCUGGGGUGGAUCGAUGCUCAUCAAUGAUCUUGAUCGUCGGAUCACCAUUGCCUAUGCGAUGAACAAGAUGUCGCUUGGUUCUGCAGGCAACGAGGCUGUGUAUGCCUACGUUGCUGAAAUUUACAAGGCACUGGGCGUUCCCUUAGGAACCCCUAACGCUCAAGCCUAA